UGCUCUCUCUAUCUGCUCAUAGAGCACUGAAACGCCCCCGGUUCUGAGCUUCAUGUGUUUCUUUCUGUCUCCAGCUUUUCUUCAAGGCAACCAGUCUCUCCACGGGGAGAACGGACCUCCUAAUUCUGUCUCAAACCGAACCAGAGAGAACCACGGCGGUCCCGGAGUCUCCGGAAUGCUUUAUAAGAACAACACCUGCGUGCAAAAGUAGGAAACAAAGACCCCACCGCGGUGUGUGUCAGCAUGGAGGGCUCUCACGCUGCCCGUUUCCCACCUGCCGCCGCGGCAGUUUCAUCCGAUGAAAACGCUUCCUUUGGGAAGACUCCUGCGAAGAGACAAGCCGUGAAAAGACACCAUCACAAACACAACCUGAAGCAUAGGUACGAGUUCCUGGAGACCUUGGGCAAAGGGACCUACGGAAGAGUGAAGAAAGCCAAGGAAAGAUCCGGGAGACUGGUGGCUGUAAAAUCUAUCAGAAAGGAGAAGAUCAAGGAUGAGCAAGAACUGGUUCAUAUUCGGCGGGAAAUUGAGAUAAUGUCCUCGCUGUGUCAUCCCCACAUCAUAACUAUAUACGAAGUUUUUGAGAACAAGGACAAAAUUGUGAUAGUGAUGGAAUAUGCCAGCCAGGGAGAUCUGUACGACUACAUCUGUGACAAGAAGAACCUCUCCGAACGUGAAGCCAGGCACUUCUUCAGACAGAUUGUAUCCGCUGUGCACUACUGCCAUCAGAAUGGAAUAGUACACAGAGACCUGAAACUGGAGAAUAUUUUACUAGAUGGCAACGGCAACGUGAAGAUUGCCGACUUUGGGUUGUCUAACCUCUACCAUAGAGACGAAUAUCUUCAGACCUUUUGUGGUAGCCCUUUGUAUGCUUCCCCAGAGAUUGUCAAUGGACGGCCGUACCGUGGGCCCGAGGUGGACACCUGGUCCCUGGGUGUGCUUUUGUACACAUUGGUUCAUGGCAGUAUGCCAUUUGAUGGAUUCAACCACAAAAUCCUGGUCCAGCAGAUUAGCACAGGAAACUACCGCAAGCCAAGCAAACCCUCUGAUGCCUGUGGACUCAUUCGCUGGAUGCUCAUGGUGAAUCCUGAGCGCAGGGCUACAAUUGAGGAAGUUGCGGGACACUGGUGGCUCAACUGGGGCUAUCAGCAGCCACUGCUCUGUGACAGGAAAAACAGUUUGACAGAACAAACCCCUUCACUGCUAUCUUUAUCAAAUCCCACAGGGAUGGCAACUGUCGCUAGCUGGCUGCGCCGUACAUCCAGACCUUUACUGGAAAAUGGCUCCAAGAUGCGCUGCCUGCUCCGCUCCCAGGUUGGCGGAGGUGAUGUAGUCCGACAGCGCUCUCUGCGAAGGUCUCAAAAGGAGAAUAAUGUCUCCCAGACAGUUAAUGAAGCAAGCACAGACUCUCGACCCUAUAAGGGUAUUCUAAAGAGACGUAAUAGCGUAAAACAGAAGGCGAUAAAUGACAGCCCAUCAGUUGGUCCGGUGAAUUCACAGAACAUUUCUCAUGUCCAUUCUGCUGCCGCGCUUCCUCGUAAAGGUAUUCUCAAGAAACCCGUAGAGCAAGAGUCGGGGUAUUAUUCUUCUUCACCUGAACACAGUGACUCUGGCUGUGUGCCACAAACUAAUGAGUGUCCUUCAGCUCCAAACUGUAGGAAGGGCAUCCUCAAGCGAAAUGGAAAGUUCUCUUCAGGUGGGCUGCAAGAAUUUGGCUCUCUGGAUCAGCUGGCAGCUUCUUUACCAAGAGGAACAACCAGGUCCAGACCAAGCGGGGCCAUCAGUGAAGACAGCAUUCUGUCCUCUGAGUCUUUUGAUCAGCUCGAUCUGCCAGAUCACGUAAGACCCCAAACACAAACAGACAAACCUGCCAAAACUAGCAUGAGAGGGAGCAUCUCUGCAGACAAUCUGUUGGACAUGGCUGAAGACAGGAUUCUGGCUGAUGGGGUGCUGAGACCAUGGGACUGUUACGGGUCCGGAGUGGCUGACAGUGCCUUCUCUAUCAGUGACUGUGAUAAUGUGACAGAAACUUACAAACAGGCCAUGGUUUUACGGGGAUCUGCACAAAGCUAAGGGUCAGGCAUUAGAAAAGGACAAACUAAGACUGUUGAGGACAUGAUGGCCAAGAAUGGGGCAUGUGGAAAUACUGGCACACUUUGGCCUUCUGGGAAACUUGAAUUACACAGUAUCAAAAAGGGUAGACACGCUUAUAAAGAUCAGAUUAUAUUUUAGGUGGUUGGUAAAAUUGGACUGUUUUUAUUUAAUUUAAACUAAACAGAGUUAAGGAUUAGUUCAAAUUCUAAGAUUUUUGGGAGAUGCAAGCUAAAGCUGAACAUUUCAGAGCUCAGAUUUUCAAGACGCCUAAUAAGUGUGAAACAUUUUAACCAAAAUAGUGGUUUGAAGAAGAUAUUUCAACAGUGGUCGAAUGGACAACUUUCUUUAUUUGUCUCAUCAUAACCAGUGUUUGAUGAUGGCCUGAUGUAUGACCAAUGUAACUCUUUAUUGCAUUUGAUUAAAAAAAAGUUUGUCUUUUAUUGCCAUCAGCGUUGAUCCAUUUUAAAUUUCAACUUUAUGAUCACUAUGUUGUAAAAUCAGGUUAAAUGUUAGCAUUACUUGUCUGUUGUAUCAAACUGCAGAUUUUAUUGUGUGCGAGCUGAUAUUUUGUAGACCAAAGAGUAAAUUUGUUCAGUUCUUGGUGUAUUUUUGAAAAACAGGAAGUGCCAAGAUUGUUUGCCUUUAAGUGAAACCUAUUCUCUGUGUUUUUUUACGCUUUCCCUGAAAUGACUUGUUUGGAUAAUGACUUGAAAAAAAAAAUUAUUUGGUUGAACAGGUGCGACCAGUCAAACCUGCUUUCGCCUCCAGACUUGCACUAAUGCAAAUGCAUAUUGACCCUUUGAAUGUUUGCAUGCAUGUGGCAGGUUCUAAGACAGGGCGAGGCUUGUUAGGUCUUUAUUUCUGGCAUGGGAAUAGAAAUGUGUUCAAGUCUCUGACUAUCUACUUCAAAAAUCAGGGAUUGAGUAUGAGCUGUUGGAGUGUUCUGCAUUUGGGUGUUAAAAAACAUAUACAAGGGUUAAACUUUAAAUGAAUAACCAUGUAUGCAGAUGACGUUCUGUUUUUCAAGCAGAAAGAUUUUGGACUACUCCAUGCAUAUCUGGCUCUUGACAAUAUGAUAUUGGUUUUUUUUCUUCUUCUUUUUAUUUAAAAAGAGCAGGAGAGAUGUCAGUAUAAUAUUGUCUGGUAAAAAAUGUAUACAACACACACAAGUUGCCUAAUUCUAUUGGUAUUAGGCCUGAGAGAGUAUUUUUAUGACAUCUAACUUCAAAGUUAAAGCUGCACAUGCAUGCAUGCUGUUGUUCAAAAGGAAACCAAUGUGCUAGUUUAAAUUUUAGCUCAUGAGGUUUCAACUGGAAGUUAUAGGACAAACGAUUAACUCUACAAAGACACUUUCAGCGAAUAAUUUAAUGUAUAUGUGGCCAUUUUGUUGUCUAUUUCAUCUCCUCAGACAAGGUGAAAGUUUGCAGGCUUUGUUCAUGCAUUUUAUGUCUGUGUUUGCCUAAGUUUAUGGCUUAUCAUUGGUUUGUUUGAUCAACGUUUUCCUGGGUUGAAGAAAUCAAUAAUUAAAAAUAAAUCAAAGA